GUUCGUUGACUGCCCGCUGAGGAAGUUGUGAAGGUGCUCCGGCAGCGAAACGUCCGCGCAGUCUAGAAUCCGUCACCCGAUCGGAAGGUGCUAUAGCCGCUCGUCAGGAGUCAAGAACUUGCAACGGAAUCACCAUGAAGUUGGCCGCUUUCUUCGAGGCUUCGUUUUUGCUAAUCUGCUGGUCGCAAGCUGUCAGCAGUCAUGUCUUCGGCUACUCAGAGCCCAACCAGCGACGCUGGGCCCGCCAUCAUGGUCACUGUGCGGGGAAGACCCAAUCCCCAAUUGCCAUCACCACCAGCCGGACAAUGGCCAUUCAUAUGCCGGCGGUGGACAUGAUUGGCUACCACAACCUGUUGCCCUACCCCCUGAAAAUGUUAAACAAUGGACAUACGGUUUCCAUCAGCAUACCCAAGGUGAAUGUGUCUGAGGUGGGCGAGGAUUUCCUGCCCUACAUCCGAGGCGCCAAACUGCCCGGUGAGUUCGAGCUGGAGGGUCUCCACUUCCACUGGGGCGACAAGAACAACCGGGGAUCCGAGCACGUCAUUAACGACAUCCGCUACACGAUGGAGAUGCACAUUGUGCACCGGAACAAGAAGUACGCGACCAUUGGGGAGGCUCUCAAUCAUCCGGAUGGUGCCGCCGUCCUGGGUUUCUUCUUCAAUCUCGACGAGGAUGAGGGUCCUGGCCUGGUGACCAUUAACCGGCAUUUGCAUCUGAUUGCCGAUGCCAACCAGGAGGCCACUCUCAACGUCACUUUCUCGCUCUCCUCGCUGAUUUCUGGCGUGGAUGUGGACAAGUUCUACACCUACAAGGGUUCCCUGACCACACCGCCCUGUUCGGAGGCUGUCACCUGGAUACUGUUCCCCGAUCCCAUUCCGAUUUCGCCCAAGCAGAUCUCCCGAUUCCGUCAGCUGUCGGACACGCAGGAUGGAGCGUUGGUGGAUAAUUUCAGGGCCCUGCAGCCAGUGGGCAAUCGCAGGAUUUUCGCACGCACAGGACACGUGCGCCACACCUCGAUUGCCACACUAAAGCACGAGGGCGAAUAUCUCAAGUACGACUGGUUCUACUGAUCUAUCGACUCAAACUGGCAGCCGGAUGUGGAGCACUGUGCCAUCCCAUAUUAGGAUACCUCUAAACUAAGCUUUUAAUAAGUUACACUAACAUUUAGUCUAGGCACUCACAGAGAAUAAAAAGAUUAAAAACAA